GGCAGUUGCAGUUGAACCGGGGUGUGUCUAGGAAUUAAAAGCCAUAGUCCGGCUGUCCUCUUUGGAGCAUCAACUUUCACUGCGCUUCGGUGGUGCUGAGAUGUUUUGGUUUCCGCUCCUGCUCUCUCUUCCCGUCAUCCUGUUCUUGGUCGCGCCGAAAAUCAGGAAAAUGCUGUCCUGUGGGAUGUGCACAUCUAACGUCCAGCUUUCCGGGAAGGUAGCCAUAGUCACCGGUGCUAACACAGGCAUUGGGAAGGAGACAGCCAAAGACCUGGCCCGAAGAGGAGCCCGUGUGUAUUUAGCUUGCCGGGAUAUUCAGAAGGGGGAACUGGUGGCUAGUGAGAUCCAAGCCAUCACAGGGAAUAGCCAGGUCCUAGUACGGAAACUGGACCUAGCUGACACCAAGUCUAUUCGAGCCUUUGCCGAAGGCUUCUUAGCUGAGGAAAAGUACCUGCACAUUCUAAUCAACAAUGCAGGGGUGAUGAUGUGCCCCUACUCUAAGACUGCAGACGGCUUUGAGAUGCACAUUGGAGUCAACCACCUGGGUCACUUCCUCUUGACCCAUUUGCUGCUAGAAAAGCUAAAGGAGUCAGGCCCAUCAAGGGUAGUCAAUGUGUCUUCUCUGGCACACCAUCUGGGAAGGAUCCAUUUCCAUAACCUGCAUGGCGAGAAGUUCUACAGUGCAGGCCUGGCUUACUGCCACAGCAAACUAGCCAACAUUCUCUUCACUAAGGAACUGGCCAGGAGGCUGAAAGGCUCUAGAGUGACAACAUAUUCUGUCCAUCCUGGCACAGUCCACUCUGAACUGAUUCGGCACUCGACUGCUUUGAAAUGGCUUUGGCAGCUCUUCUUCUUUUUCAUCAAGACCCCUCAGCAGGGAGCCCAGACAAGCCUGUACUGUGCCGUGACGGAAGGCAUCGAGGGCCUAAGCGGAAGUCAUUUCAGGUAUGAAUGUGUCUGUCUUUGAAAUGAGUUGUUAUUGCGUAAGGGGAAUAACUUGGGGUCUGUCUGGUGUAGUAUAUGCUUUUUAUAAAAUGUGUAUUUCCCAGAGUUGGAGAGACGGCUGGGUUACCACAGGCUGCUCUUCCAGAGGACCUGGGUUCUGUUCUCAGCACUUAGUUACAAUUGUCUGUAAGUCCAGUUCCAGGGAACCUGACCUUCCCUCCUGACCACCAUGAGUACCAGGGGU